AGGGGCGGGGCCGGGGCGGGGCUAGACCUGCACCGGGCCAGGCAAGAUGGCGGCCAUGGAGACGGACGCGGCGCCGCUGACCCUAGAGUCGCUGCCCACCGAUCCCCUGCUCCUCAUCUUAUCCUUUUUGGACUAUCGGGACCUAAUCAACUGUUGCUAUGUCAGUCGAAGACUUAGCCAACUAUCAAGUCAUGAUCCGCUCUGGAGAAGACAUUGCAAAAAAUACUGGCUGAUAUCUGAGGAAGAGAAAACACAGAAGAAUCAGUGUUGGAAAUCUCUCUUCAUAGAUACUUACUCUGAUGUAGGAAGAUACAUUGACCAUUAUGCUGCUAUUAAAAAGGCCUGGGAUGAUCUCAAGAAAUAUUUGGAGCCCAGGUGUCCUCGGAUGGUUUUAUCUCUGAAAGAGGGUGCUCGAGAGGAAGACCUUGACGCUGUGGAAGCGCAGAUUGGCUGCAAGCUUCCUGACGAUUAUCGAUGUUCAUACCGAAUCCACAAUGGACAGAAGUUAGUGGUUCCUGGGUUAUUGGGAAGCAUGGCACUGUCUAAUCACUAUCGUUCUGAAGAUUUGUUAGACGUCGAUACAGCUGCCGGAGGAUUCCAGCAGAGACAGGGAUUGAAAUACUGUCUGCCUUUAACUUUUUGCAUACAUACUGGUUUGAGUCAGUACAUAGCAGUGGAAGCUGCAGAGGGCCGAAACAAAAAUGAAGUUUUCUACCAAUGUCCAGACCAAAUGGCUCGAAAUCCAGCUGCUAUUGACAUGUUUAUUAUAGGUGCUACUUUUACUGACUGGUUUACCUCUUAUGUCAAAAAUGUUGUAUCAGGUGGCUUCCCCAUCAUCAGAGACCAAAUUUUCAGAUAUGUUCACGAUCCAGAGUGUGUAGCAACAACUGGGGAUAUUACUGUUUCAGUUUCCACAUCGUUUCUGCCAGAACUUAGCUCUGUACAUCCACCCCACUAUUUCUUCACGUACCGAAUCAGGAUUGAAAUGUCAAAGGAUGCACUUCCUGAGAAGGCCUGUCAGUUGGACAGUCGCUAUUGGAGAAUAACAAAUGCUAAGGGUGACGUGGAAGAAGUUCAAGGACCUGGAGUAGUUGGUGAAUUUCCAAUCAUCAGCCCAGGUCGGGUAUAUGAAUACACAAGCUGUACCACAUUCUCUACAACAUCAGGAUAUAUGGAAGGAUAUUAUACCUUCCACUUUCUUUACUUUAAAGACAAGAUCUUUAAUGUUGCCAUUCCCCGAUUCCAUAUGGCAUGUCCAACAUUCAGGGUGUCUAUAGCCCGAUUGGAAAUGGGUCCUGAUGAAUAUGAAGAGAUGGAAGAAGAGGAGGAGGAAGAAGAAGAGGAAGACGAGGAUGAUGAUUCAGCAGAUAUGGAUGAAUCAGAUGAAGAUGAUGAAGAGGAGAGACGGAGGAGAGUCUUUGAUGUUCCCAUUCGCAGACGCCGUUGCUCACGCCUUUUUUAGCAAGCCUUCUGCUGAUGGAAGCACUAGGAUGAUUCUAGGCUGUUAAAUAGAUUUCUCAAUAAUGUAAAUAACUAAAUUGUUCUCUGCAUAUAGCAGGAAAACUAGCAUGAAACAUUGUUUCAGGCCCUGGGUUCUAUGUGACACUACAUUAGGAAUUGGAUUGUUUGGGUUUGCUUUGUUUUUGAGGUAGAGGAGGAAAUGGGAAUCUUUUUUUUUCUCUUCCAGGAGUCAAUGGAAGAAUAGUUCUCUAGCUAAGGAACAGACAUACCUUUGUUUUAAAAUAUUUUAUACUUACGAAAAUCUAGAAAUGGAGAGGGAAUUGUUUUGAAUAAGGAUUUAAAAUACCCGCACAAGGAUAGAGAGAAACUAUGUGACUGAUUCUGUGAAAAGACUUGCAGUUGUGAGUUAUUUAGAAAUGAUCAAAAUUUGUAAUUAGGCUAAUCCAUUUAGUGAUUCCUAAUAUUUUGUACUCACAGAGAACUAAUUGACUAAACAACUUGAACGCUAGUGGUUUGUCCUUAGACAAUCUGUCUUUGAAUUUAAAGUCUUCAUCACUAAGACCUUGACUUUAAAUUUUUCAUCACUACGACCUUGAAUUUAAUUUCAGGUCUUCAACAUGAUGACCUUGAAUUUAAUUUAAAGUCUUCAACACUAUGCGCUUUAUCACAUUAUUCACAGAUGCAUUUUUGAAAUGUAGUAUGUAAAAGUAUGUAAUGUGCUGUUUAUUAACAAAGGAUUGUUCACAACAUCUCAUGUAGUUUAAAUUUGUAAAUACUGCUGCUGUUUUGGUUCUCCUUUAUACAUUUGACUGUCUUUGUGAUAAGUGACAUGAAUUUUAUGUUAGGAUUAAGUAUGUUUUCCUGAAACUUGGAUUUUUUUUUUUUGUAAUUAUAUAAUUGAGAGUUAAGAAUGAAAUCCUUCAAGUGUUAAAAAACUCACAUUUUAAAAACAAAUUUUGGUUCCA